GAUUUUUUAUUGUAAGCAGUUACUCUGCUCAAACUUGUAGAAAAACUCCAUUGUCAAAUGUUCUCUAAGCUCUAAUACAACUGUCUCGUGGACUAAGGCUUAUUAACGCCCCAACCACGUAAAAACUUGGUCUUUACUCCUCAAAUCCUUUCUUCUAAGCUCUCUAAUAUUCUAUUAUUAAGGUUUCCGAAAAACUCGGUAAACACCGUGUAUAAAGGCAAUAAAGAGGAAAUAAUCAACGUAGUUAUUAUAUGAUUACAAUCUUUUAAGGAAAUAAACCGAAGGAUACGACCAGCCUGGUCGCAUCUAAUUGUGAGGUUUGAUGAAGCAACGGGUAGCUGGUCGAUAAUCGAACAGCACCUCUUUAUUUCGACUCUGCCACGUGUCAACCACGUGUGAGCAAUCCUUGCCACGUCAUCAACAUCUGUUUUUGGGUAAACAUUUGCCCCCCAAGUUUAUUUUACUACGACCAGCAUAAAGUAAACUUAGGAAAUUGACUCUUCGUGUACCCCACCAAAUUUGUCAGAGUCGCCCAUGCUUUCUCGAAAAAUUUAACUAAUCAUGUCUAAUCAAGUCUUUUCGGUUUCCCAAAAAAUUGUCUGACGUCUAUUGCACUUCCCCAUACUUUGAAAAAAGUAAUUCAUGAUUACCUUUUUUACGGUGCCACGAUCACUAUAAAUAAUACCCCAAGAUCACAUUUUUACUUUUUACUUUUGAUUUAUCUUCUCUUCUUCAAGAACUCUGAAGAACUUUGACCAUCAGAGCCCAGAAAACCCAGAAGCUUUCAUCGUUGAUCUAAGGAACUUUCGCUCAGCGUUCAAAACGUUCGUGUUCUUACUCUAACUUUCAUCCAAGUAAGUUUCUCGAAUCUUUCAGUCGUUUUUGAUGCCAUGAAAAACCAUUUUAUAUAUGUUUCGUAUCUGAGCUCUUGAAUGUUCUUGGCUGAAAUUGUUUUGGGGUAAAUGGGCACAUUGAUCGAUGUUUGAUAGGGUAGUGAAAUAAUGCUUUAUAGGAGUUAAGAGUUAGUUUGGUAGUUGAGAUUGUAGAUUUAGGGCGUAAAAUCGAAGUAAAAUUUUGAUUUUUAAGCUAGCUGAAAAAUUGGGUUUUUCUCGUCCUUUCAGAGUCGAAAAGUUUUUCCUGAAAAACUUUUCACUUCUGCUUUUUAAUCUAUUUUCCAAACUGUUCACUUGAAAUACAGUGUUUUUAUCAGAAUGCUGCUGGUCGUAUAAAAGCUCAACUUUAAAACACAAGGUUUUAGGCCUUAAAUUCUCAUCUCCCCAUUUUCUGUUCGCAUAUUUUCAUGCAAGAUCCGUGGGGAGGUGAGAGGCCUAUCGACGAUGACUUGCUAGCCCAAUUGCUUGAGGACGAGGAACAACCGUCGAUGUUGAUACUAGAGAUCCCUUUUUCUCGUGUCACCCCAAACAUUCCAUCGUCCCAACUUCAAAAUAUGGGUCGAGUAAAGUCCAAAACCCAGAAAAAGAAACCAUCCACUUCCUUUUCAAAUCAGCUUACUCCUCGGGCUGAAAUUCCUACGACCAGUGGUCGGGAAGAAAACGUCCUCGACCCUGAAAUCCAAACUCAAGCCCAACUCCGAAAUGUCAUUCAACCAGAUGUUGAGACGUUGCCCCUCCUAGUCGAGUAACAGUUAGGAUGAUUGCAAAUUACAUUAAGAAGUACGGGCUUCCUGGGGUGACCCUAGUCCAACCUACCAGAGACCAACGGGCAAAUCUGCCUGGAGGUGCCUUCAGCACCUGAUCGAGGUAUCACAUCGAGGCAUGAGCGAUCCUGCUUCUCCAUCUUUUCUUCCAAGGAGUGGCCAACUAUUUUGGGGUCACUCCUUUCCAAAUAACCCCAAAUGGGUAUAGAAUGCUCUCUGCACUCUAUAUUCUUUAUAGCCAUAAGAAAUGGCCUGUCCCCACACCACACGAGGUCAACUAUUUGUUCGACCUAAAAUCCAAGCCCAAUAAAGAAAACACGGGGUUCUUCCAUUUCUGUCACCAGGAAACGACCCGCACUUUCCUGAGUGAUACCACCUUUAUAUCCAAUGUGGGGAAGUACCAUCUAGAGUACUUUCUGACUACAGACAUGGCCGCCAACAACCUGGCCUUCACCCAAGGAGGUAAUAUUUUUACUCCCUUGGUCGUUUAUUUUCCUUUAAUUCUUCCUGCAUUUCCCUUAGGGUUUUAGUGCAUUUCAAGCCCGUGGCUGCGACCGGCUCCCACUCCAGACAUAGAAGUCUGAUCAGCACUCUUGGCCAGCAUGACUGGCAUAAGAGAAGAGUGUCAAACAGUUGGUCACAGAGGCUAACCUUAGGCUGGUCGGGCUUUUGGCACCUCACCAGGAUGUGAGGGAGUCAACAGCGGGGAAUGCCACUGGUGAGGAGAUUCCCGAGCAGCACCCAGACGUGUCGCAACCUCAAAGGAGGAGGACAACUGGAGUGACAAUCAGGGAGCCUUCCAUCACCCCGCGAGCUGCUGCUCCCCCUGCCCCACUGGAAAAGGGAAAAAAGAAAGCCACUGAACCCUCUACUCCCACCGACGAGUCCUCAUAUGAGAACGGUACUGUUUUCUUAUUCUUAGAUAGUUUGCCAAUUCCCUGUCACUUAUUUGACGGGGACAAAAACUUUAAGUAUACUCCAAACUUAAAUUCAGAUUUCUUCCAGGCCAUAAGUAAGGGUAGAAGUAGUUCAGUAAGUAAUGUAGCGACCAGUAGUUGUAGCACAGGUAUUUUACUUAUAAUCUCCUUACUUUCUUUUUUAGUUCCAUCUAUAUAUUUUGUCUCAUUGCUCGUAUUGUUUCCUUUUGUGCAUAUAUAUCGUCUGAAGACAUGUUCGAAUAUUACAAGGCCGCUGCUGCUUCCUCAGGCAGGAAGAAAGAUAGCAAGAGGGUUCGGGGGGAGAGCAGCAAAACUGAUUCAAAGAAGGCUCGGACUGAGGGUCCUUUAGCAGUUGUUCCUUCAAAGGAAAACAUGCCACCUCCCUCUCCACUCGACCAGCCGGCCUCAACUCCACCGGUCGAUCAGCACCCCACUCCUCCAACGCCUUUCGACCAGCCACAUCGUACUCAGCCCAAAGGCUCCCUGUCCAGCACCAUGGUUAGUUCGGCCAGGGAGAGAAUUUACAACCUCUCCAAACACAAACGUAGUCAAGAGGCCAUCGACGGUACCAUCUCCAUGGAAACCGACCAAAUAAUAAAUCGAGGGCUGAAUGAGAUAGUCAAUGGAUUGUUGACCAUGACUGUUGGCUGGCGUCGGGUGGGUGCAAUGGUCUCCCAGACCAAAAACUUUGACACCAGGCUCACUGAGGCAAUGAAGGCGCUCGAGGAAAAGAAUGCUGACCUGCUCGAGAAGAACACUGAACAUGCCAAGCUGAAUGGUGAACUGCUUGAGAAAAAUGCAGAGCUGAAUAAGCAGAACGAUGAACUGCUUGAGCAGAAAGCCACGUUGACAGAGGAGCUAUUGGAAAGUUGGGCCGCCCUGAACAAAUCCAAUGAAGAUAAAGAAAAAUUCAGGGAGAGUGCCAAACUCAAUUACCAACAAUCCAAACAGCUUGAGCUCGAUCUGAUUGCGAGCAGGAAGGAGACGGAGGAGUUGGAAGGGCGCGUGAAAGAGCUCGAAGAAACUGAUGCCAAAAACUUGGAGAAGUAUAAGGAAGCCACCCACCCUUGCUUCUAUGAGUUUUGGAAGCACAAUCAGAAGGCCGAUUUCAGCUAGCUGUCUGAGCGCUUGAGAUGGACUCUAAUGUCCCAGUGCACCAUUCGCCUGGAGGAAGAAGAAAGGGCUAAAAUUCCUGCUUCUCCAAAGAUUUCCCUGGCAACGGGGAUUGACGGCGCAGACAAUGAAGCUGGCGCCACUGUCGACCAGCACGCUCCUCAAGAUCCUCUAGCCUCGUAGUCUUUUUUAUUUUUUGAAUACACGACCUACGGGUCGUGAUGUAAAGACAAUUACUUUUUUAAUUUUUAAUUUUUAUU